GUUUUGCAGUUACAUAGAUAGAUAUUUUUUGUUGGUGUCCAUGCUCAUCUUCAAGUAGAUAUUGGCUUUCGCUGCUUUCCUCCGGUUUGACCAUGGAAGACGAUAGUGAAGAUGAUGUUGCGCCAAAUAUGGGCGAAAUUUCUGACGUCGCAGUCAGUGUGCGGGCGGCGCGCAGUUUGUGCCUAGCUGGUCGCGCAUCGCGGGCUUUAAAUGGGUUCGCGUUGAGGGUGGGGUGCGAGUUAGGCGGCCUGCAGCUGAGUAGUAACAACAGUCAGAAAGCAACUGCGGGUGCCUACGCGGGAGCGAAGCCGGUGGACGACAGACAGGAGGACAGGCGCUUGGGGCAUUAUGUUGAAGAUUUCCGCAGGACCAUGUUUGUGGUCCUCCAAGCGUGCGAGUUCGAGAUCUUGCGAGCGCGGUACAGUGAUAGUGGUGGAACCCUUAAGCCUGUGAAAAACCUUGAGCCCCAACCACGUACUGCGUUCAAUUUGCAUGAUUAGGUCGCAUCUCCCCCUCCCCGAUAGUGAGCGCAGAGGUGCAGUUGGGCUCCAGGUUUUCCUUUCAUAACGCUGUCCACGCACAUCGAGUUCGACGGCACACCGCUGCGGGUCUUGGACGGCGCGCAGCACCUGAUCAACACGGAGAGCUUGCUGGUGCAGCAGAACUUCACUUUUUUCCGCAAGGGGUCUCAUGGCGUCGGUGGGCCCGCUGGCACCCCCGGCAGUGGGCGGCAGGUUUUUUCGAUGUGGCUGAUGACCAACAUGGCCCGAAUGGAGCAUGGACACGAGGCAUCGCAGGUCUACGCGGCUUUGCGGGAGCGAACUUGGCACGUUUCGGACGUGUCUCGACUGGCCAUGGCCGACAAGCUUACCUACACCAACUACGUCUGCGACGGUGGCUGCGACAGCGUGGCCCGACACUAUUAUGCUUGAAGAAAAUUGAUCUGGUGGAAGUUUGUCAUGCGUGCUGUGCAUGACGUUCUUUUUUUUUUGUCAUGCGGACAAGAGCUACUCUGUACGUGAAGACGCAUGAUAAAAUACGCAUGACAAACUUUCCCCAGCGCAGUUUUUCCUUGCAGAUAAAUGUUUUCGAGCGGCACGACCAUGUUGGUGGAGAGCUAGGGGGCCGGGAAGGGCAGAAGACGGCGAUGCAUGUGCUCCAGGACUUGUAUGCCCGCCAGACUUGCGCGGUGCAUGCUUAUCACAAUAGUUUCCUCCAUCCGUUCGGCGCUUACAUCGGGACCGAAGAUCGCAAGAAGGCAGCGGCGAGAAUAUGCAGGGCGUUGAGGCGUGGGAGAGGUGGAAUUCUUGAGUCCCUUCCGAGUUGGGUUGCGUGCAACUUCAUCGGUGGAGCAGAUUAUAUGCAUUUGAAAUCGAGCAGCUACGACAGGCGCUUUUGCGCGUCAGCAUUUCCCCCAGCUGAGAACAGCAUGACAGCACGCACAAGCUCCUGUCGUAGCUGCUCGCUUUCAAAUGCAUCGCUGACGACCUGACCAACAACCCGACGGAGCAUGAGAAAUACAAACAAAUGGUGGAGAUUCUCUUUCCAACCUCCAGCCUGACGCCUUCUUGCAGAGCAAUCAAGACCGAAAUGUUGCAGCUGCAGGUGCGCGCACUGGGAAGCGGUGUUUUGGUUGCCGCGGUCGACGAUGAGGCGAGGGUGUGCGAUUUCCUGGAGAGCGUCUGCUCCAUAAGAGAACUGCAGUUGCAGAGAUUCGCCACGCAGGUGAACACGUGCAAGCGGCUGGCGCUCUUGAAUGUGGUCAACAUCGUGCCGGGGGCAGCGCAGCACACCCUGAACAACAGCAAACGAACUUACCACCUCUCCGGAAUCCAUCAGGCCCACCUGCCGCUUUCGGAGUUUCUGCAAUUUGCCUGGCUGGCAGCGGCAAUGGACCACUUCGACCGGGGUUGCGCGAACCUCAUGGGGCCACUGGGAACAAUUGAUGGGCUGGCGCAGUUAAAGCAAAAAUUGGCAGUCGAGCACAAUGACUUCCGGGCAAAGAAGUUGCGAAGUUUUUUCUUCCCCUACGCUGUGCAGGUCGGGGUCGAUGCCGGUUGUCUUGCCCAGCGGGCAACUGAUGCUGCGGAGUCGACAAUGGCGAUGCUGCAGAUCAACCUAUUCAGCAGGCUGGACGUCUUUCCCUUCGUUGCCAUCCGGGGCGGCCGCAGCGCAGAGCAGGUGCGUGACUUGAUAAGCAGAACGGACGACGAACUUCUCGACACCGGAUUCAGCCAAAAAAUCAAAGCACUUCAUGAGGCGGGGCGCCUGGACAGUGGCAGCGUGUUGACUUCGCUCGAAGAUGUUUUGCAGCUUGCGCGGCUGCACCGGAUCCACACAAUGAAGACGGAGCGCGCGCACAACCACGGCGCAGCUUUGGCAAGGCGAUUCCGAUUGGGACACAGCGAGGUGAACGCCCUCGCCAAUCUGCAGCUCUACAAACAGCAUAAUGGCCUGUCGGGAGUACCACUGGAGCCGCCGCCGGACUUUCCUUUGCGUACUUUGGAAGAAGUGCGGGAGAGCGUACUAGCAACGAAGGCCUGCUCUCAGGUUCGGGCAAACACUGUCGGUUUUGAUGGCGAUGGAGUAGGCAAGGCGACGGGGUUCCGAGCUGGUCAGGACAAUGCGAAAAGGCGGACUGCGCAGUAUCGCGACAGACCCGAGGAGGAGAAGAUAGUGGCGGCGUUGCGGGUGCACGAAAUCCGAGAAGGGAAAGUCGCAAAACAUGUCGAGGCGUAUUUGGAUGGCCUGCGGCAGCACAGCAAAGCGGAGGAGAGUUUCCUUCUUGGGCGGACGACAAUCACGGACCGGAACUCGGACAACAUCGACAAGCGCAUUUUCGACGGCGACAUUGCAGCAAAAGCGAAAGCCCUUGGCCGGAACGAGGUCCGGCGGAUUCUGAAGGAAAAAAUCGCCGAGCCUGCCCCCCUCGACUUUCAGUUGCACAAAAACCUCUGGGACGAUGUUCAGCCCUAUUUCUUCCCGGACCUGACGCCGCGAAUUCAUCCGCAGGUCGCCGAGCUGAUUCGGAGGGGGAAGGGCGAGACUGGAUUUCAGCGCACCUCCGGCCCCAUCCUGCUCGCCCGGAUCCAGAGCGAAGGCGCAUCCGGAAAGCUUCCGACGCCGCGGCUGGAUCUGUUUUUGGCAACCGCCCGGAAGUACAGUCCCUACACACUUGCCGGGUUUCGCCUCGAGAUCCUCAAUACCGGCCAGCAGCCGGGGAAGCAGACCUGGGUAAAGACGACCGAGUACUUGGAGUUGGGCGCGCAGCGUAGUAGGGAGGAAGACAGCCACUACACGUACUACACAGUGCCGCAGUACGAGGACCGGGGGGACCGUCUAGAAGUCGCCUGCCGCCUUUCACCGACCAGAACGCACGACCUCAUCAAAGUUGCCGCGCUUUCCGGUAUUGACCGGCCAGAAGAACUCGCCGCGCCGCCUGCGCCGAAGCGGCGGAAGGUGGAGAGCGAUAACGCGAUAAAGGAGAACAAAGACCGCGAGGUGCCGAGGCUCUUGCCCGUGUUGAGCGCGGACCAGGUGCAGCAGGCCAGGGACACGAUGAGAGAGGUGCGCGCACGAGCGUCAACUUUGGGGCAUUGGUCAAUUUUUCCGCGUGGCGGGGUGUAUGUGAUGGAGCGACGGGGGAUAGCAAACAACACUUGGAAGAUCAGCGCUUCCGACCCAUCCACGGUGCAGAAGCUCAAACGCCUCGGCCUGCCGAACACGAGGCAGGCAGCGGUGAAAGCCUGGGGCGGGGAGGCGCAGUCCGUUCGUUUUCUGGAGUGUGUGCGGGACGCGAUGAAAUUCCUGGUCGAGGCAGGAUGCGUCGGCAGCGCCGGGGACGACCUGUUGAGCAUCGCCAUGCAGGGGGAGUUUCAGGAGCGCGGCCUUCUGGAGCGGCUCGAGGCGGAGGAGGAACACCUGCGGGGUCGGCAGGAGCUCGAUGCAUAUGGGCGUGGGACUUUGCUUGCUCGUAUCAAAGAAUUAGGCACAAAAGGUCGCUUCACUGAUGAAGCGACGGAACAAGACGAUGAGGAUUUGAUUAUGGAUGAAGAAGAUGAUCUUUUAGCAGAAGACUAGUGGCACAGCUUUCGCAUGUUUUCCAAAUCUGCACGAAAAGCAAAAAGAAAAGCACAAACGGCGCGCAAGGCAGAAGCACGCGAGUCAGCAUAUUCACUGUCACUCCUGGAACAUGAGAAUUGCUGCAGAUGAUCUGGUUUCCAUGUUGAGCACGAAGAUGUAAUUUCCAUGCCGGACGACCUUGAUCUGUGAACUGUGUCAGAAGUCUUCGUAGAGGUUUACUGAGCUUGAAGUUCUGGGUCCGCAGCGCGUUGCAUUCCGUUGCAUUUUGUCUCACUAACACUAGACGCAUUUGACACGGAUGGUCCACCGUUAUUGUUUCUUGUACGGUUUCGGAAAUGCUACUGCGCAUGACAAAUCAAUGCAAAACACAUCAGGGAAGUCUUGCUUUGGAGCAGUUUGACUUGGUAGCUGUAAAGGUUUCGCAUUUUUGCCCGGGGUAGCGUAGAGCCGUUUAUCUCAGUAGCAGUCGCUGGCAAGUUUCAAAGUAUCUUCUCAUGCACUUCUCGAUUUAGAUUGUUUUCAGAACGUCUUGAGCUACAAGUACAUCUGUGGCAUAGUGAAGUAGACACUGUAAACGUAAAACGCACAACAUUUGCACACGAGGUCGUGCAAGGAGAAAAAAGCCUUUCAGCGGGACAGAGUCUUUGCGCAGAUUCUCCGACAACCAGAAGUCGCCUUCCGUGGCAGCCCCGAGGGAACCUGUAGUGGUUUCACUAGUCAUGCCUCCGAGAAAGGCCAAAGCUAAAGCGCCGGGCCCGUCGGCGAGAAUCCCGGUCGCCAAGAAUCAACAUGUUGUUGCCAAAGCUGCAGGAAAAGCAAAAGCUGUAAGAUUUUUCGGUUUUUCUUGGCCUGAUCCCAGGGGGAAGGGCAUUGCGCCGAGAAGCGCGACGGCUUGUCCAGGGGGCCUUCUCCCCCGGCCCGCUUGGCGAGUUGAGGGGGGAUCAGGGAGCGGCGUUACCCUCCUCUGGCUCGCGCAGUGACUUCUGCGCGGCCCGGGAGGUUUUGUUAUUUCGGCGGCUAUUUUGCGCAUUUUUCAAAAUAAAGGGAAAACGCAUUGGGUUUUCGGAUUUUCCAAAGUUUGCGAUAGGGCCGCGAAAAUAGACAGUUUUUCGGAAAGGAAAAAAAGCAGAAAAAUAGACAAAAAAUUAAACGGGGAAAAUAGACAGGAAAUUAGCAACAAAAUUAGACAAAAAAUUAGCACAAAAACUGCCCAGGUGCGCCCGGCUGAAAAUUGUUCCGAAGGGGCGGCAUUUGGCCGCCCCCGACCGCCCCCCGCCAGGGCAGCGGCCAAUCCUGCUCGAGGAGCGCCUCUGCGUGCUUUCCCGAGCCACGAGCCCGAGGGGAUCCAGGCCUUGGGUGGCGAGUUGGCGGCCUUCGUGCCGUCGUGCUUCGUGCGAGGCUUGUGCCAGCUACCGAAAGACCGGCGCGGGCAAGGGGUGUCAGCAUUGCGAUGCCCCACCCCAAGCUACCUCGCCCGGGUUCGCCUCGGAAAACCCCGAAUGGCGUUCCGCACAGAAAUGCCGCUGCGCAUGACAGACGGCGCAGCACGCGCCAGCCCCGCCCCGGGUCCGCCUUCGGGUUCUUUUUUGGCCGCGCCCGUGCGCCGCCGCCUGGGGGACGGGGGGAAAGGGCCGCGGCCUCCUGUGUCGUUGAUUGCCCGCGGGCAAUCAGCGAGUGCGCGCGGCCUUCGUUUGCAUGCAGUGGCCACGGGUCCGGGCGGCCGGGGGCAUGUUGCCACCCGGGUGCCGCGCCGAGGCUGGCAGCGCAAGAGGCCUGGGCCCGCGUUGACGUGUCCCGCGUCCCGGGGCGGGCUUGCCGCGGCCUUUUGUUUUCUCGCUUGGUUCUGCAGUGGCCUGCGGCCGAAAUUAAAAUUUGAAAAUUGCCCCGGGUUUCGGGGGUAACUCCGCCCUGCGCGAAACAUCCGAAGUGCAUUGCCUCUGGCCGCCACGGGGAAGGGUUGAUUCCUACCCGGGGCGACGCGCUUCUCGGGCGUUCUUGGGGGAUCGGGCCUUUCUCGCUUUUGCUUUUGCUGCCCUGUGUGCAGAGUAGUAAACCAGCAAACAGUAGCAUUGCAAGCACACACCCAGAGUAGUCAUCUUGCCAAACGCGUAAUAAACCCGCAACAACAGAAGGCCGCAACGUCUUCCACUACAGCGGCAGCAGUGCCGGUGCGGCAACGGAGCCGCACCGAUAAGAAAAUCCCCUCCGACACGAAGAAGCUGCACGACGAGGCUUGGCGGAAGUUGCAGCGGAAGAACUACGACCUGGAGUGGAGUUUCGACAGUGAUCGCUUUAAGAUCGUAACGUG